AUGGAUACGACCAUCUCAACCCUGCGGGACCUUCUCACGAACGCGAAACACACGAGAUGGAUCGCACCGUUGAUGUUACUCGGAGAAACAGCGUUAUGCGGACUGAUCAUCUGGAGGAUUCCUUACACCGAAAUCGACUACACGACCUACAUGGCCCAGGUCCGCAUGUUCUUGGACGGUGAACGAAACUACAGCAAAAUCACCGGACCUACAGGCCCCCUCGUCUACCCGGCCCUCCAUGUAUACAUCUAUACCGCCCUCUAUCACCUCACGGAUGGUGGGACGAACAUCCUCCGAGCACAGAUCAUCUUCGCCGGCCUGUACUUGGCCACUCUGGCCGUUGUAAUGGCGUGCUACAGACGCGUCGGAGCGCCUCCGUGGUUACUGGCGCCACUGGUGCUGAGCAAGAGAAUGCAUUCUAUAUUCCUACUGAGGCUGUUCAAUGACUGCUGGGCAACGCUCGCAUUCUGGACAGCCAUCUACCUGCUACAAGGGAGAAGGUGGUCAGCAGGAGCCAUAGUAUGGGCCCUGGGUUUGGGUAUCAAGAUGACUCUUUUAUUGGCAGCACCCUCUAUAGGAGUCAUUCUGCUACAGGCUGAAGGUACAAAGAGGGCAAUCAUGAAUGGCUUCCUUGUCUUGAUGAUACAUCUGAAUCUGGCCAUCCCGUUCCUCACAGCGGGCAAUGGUCUUCAGUAUCUGGGGCAAGCCUUCGACUUUGGCCGGCAAUUUCUCUUCAAGUGGACUGUCAACUGGAGGUUUGUGGGCGAGGAAACUUUCUUGUCCCGACAGUUCGCCAUCAGUCUCCUGCUCGUUCACUUGUCCCUACUCUUACUGUUCUUCCAAACCAAAUGGGUCAAGCCAAGUUCUCCUGGCUUGGUCGGCUUCGUCAGGAGAUACACUUUGUUCAAGGGAGAGCAUGAGCAGACCCAGGUGUCGACAAAGAUGACUCCGACUUUUGCCAUGGACGCCGUCCUCGGAAGCAUUGCAAUCGGUCUCUUGUGUGCUCGGAGCCUACACUAUCAAUUCUUCGCAUACCUCGGAUGGGCGACGCCGUAUCUUGUGUGGAGGGCCGGAGGAGGACCCAUGUGGGUUUUGGCCAACUGGGCGAUUCAAGAGUAUUCGUGGCUCGUCUAUCCCAGUACCGACCUGAGCUCGGUAGCUGUUGUUUGUAUGCUGGCAGUCCAGGUGAUGAGUGCUCUUAUUGCUCCUCCAGUCGAUCACACUUCUCCAGUGGGAGCGUUCAGUAGGAUGGGCAGGUAG